GCACUAUACUGCCCUGCACACUGCACCGUCUAUGUACCUACCAUCGUUAGAGACAUCCGUCCCUAGACCACCACACCCAAAACCGACCCCAUCGCCAAAUUAUUUCCACACAACACCCAACCCACCAGUUCACACCCACGAUAAACUUCACGACAACCUCGACAACAACAACACACAAAACGACAACCUAACGACAAUCUGCAAUCCUAUCAACCAUCAGCUCAAGGCCACAACUUCACUGUUCGCUCGGUCCCAUUGAGCCCCCAUCGUCAACCGUAGCAACACAUGCGUUGAGCGACAACCCACCCGGUCCCGCCGUGAACACCACACACCAAGGUCACCCACCACGCACACCCGCCCACGCCAAACGGGCACCCACCAACUCUCCCACCACAACCACACCAACCCAAGAAAGCCUACGCUCCUCCGAAAAAUGCAAGCAGUCACCACAACGAGGACUAGCUAGACACAACCUCCUCAGCCCAUGCACGGCCCACCCCGGCGUGAGCACCGCUUUAUGGCCUGGGCGCGCGCGUCGCGGACGUCCUGCGCAGCACGCUGAUAACGAGAGGAGGGGGAUUGAUUGGGGAUCCAUUCAUGUCGACGCCGGAUAGCGGGGACAACACCACCACGACAAUCACCUCGGCAGGACAAUGGAGACACCGGAUGGGACGCUGGCGCCGCCGGCGGUGACGGCGCUGCGGGGCACGGGCGCGGCGAUGGAGAGGACGCUGAGUGGGGAUAUGAGGCUCGAGAGGCAGGAUUUGAGGGAGGCGGCGGAGCAGACGCUGAAUGUGAUUCUGGAUUUGGGGCUGGAUGGGGUGGUGAGGUGGGUGAGUCCCAGCUGGACGGAUGUGAUUGGGACGGCGGUGGAGGGGGUGCAGGGACACAGCAUUGGGGAGGUGGUGGAGGCGGGGGAGGAGGUGUUUGGGAAGGCGGUUGAGGGGAUGAGGGGGGAUGCAAUGAGGAGUCAGAUUGUGAGGUUUGAGCUCGAACUGGGCGAGGCUUCGAAAUUGCUGAGGGUGAGAGAAGCGGGGGAGGAGGGGGAUGAGGAGGCGGAAGAGGUGAGGGAGACGGUUGAUUUGGAGGGGCAGGGGAUUAUGGUGUAUGAUCGCUCGACGGGAGAGGAGAGCCAUACUAUGUGGAUGAUCAGGCCAUGGGUCGAACCGCGCGAACUCAAAAUCGACCUACCGAGUAUAAUAGUCGAGAGUUUGGGAUCGGGAGCAGAGGUGCUGGCGAGCCAUCUCAACAUGCUCGCUGAGGCCGGACUCGACGACCCGGCACACCACCCACCGCCUCCCCCGGUCCUAUGCCGAAUCUGCGAGCGACAAAUACCACCGUGGUGGUUCGAGAAACAUACCGAGUUAUGUCUACAAGAACACCAGGCCGAGAUGAAGGUGCAAAUAUGCCAAGAGAACCUCACAGAACAUCGCCACGCCAUUGUAAAGGUGUUGGAUGCGUUGGAGGCGAGAAAGAGCCGCCCAUUAUCUACAACCGAGAUGCCAUUAUCCUCACCCCAGGCAGAAUACAAAGGAAUGCCCAUCGGCCCCACCUCCCAGCACAGCUCAGCAUCUGGAAGCUCCUCUCCAGCACCCAACCGACCAUCGCGCGACCCCUCAGCGUCAAAAAGCAACCACACACGCGCCCGCUCCUUCGCCGUCCGCCGCCCACAAGCCCGCAUCGUCGAGCUCCUCCUCGAUCUCUGCGACACAGCCAUCGAAAUCGGCACCCCGGCCAUCAAAGAAGUCUCCUCGCAGAUCGGGGAAUUCCGCACCCAAUCCCCCGCCUCCGAGUCCCGCGUCUCGCAGGUCCUACAGUGGCAGUCUCCUAGCACGAAUACGCUCGAUCAGGAGCAGGGACUCGCGCUGCUGUGUGCGGAUAGCGAGAAGGCGGCUAAGGAGAAGGUGGAUGCGGUGCUGAGGCAUCGGGGGAUCCUGGAGUAUAGUGAGAGGAUCCGCGGGGAGUUUGCGCUGAUUGUGCAGGAUUGUAUUGAUGAGGCUGUACGCAAGGCGGCGAGGUUCGCGGCGGGACUGGAUACGGAUUCUAUGGAUGAGGAUGAUGAUGUGCCAGAACACGAUGAUAGUUUCUUUAGAGGCUCGUUUGACGGACCGUCCACACUGGCGGCGGCGCUGCGAGAGGCGGAGAUGAAACAGCACGAAGAACGACUGAGCAGGUCGUCACAAGCAGUCUCUACCACCGGCUCGAGUAGUCCGAAAGAGUGUCCUACACCACGCUCCCACGCAGGGACUCUGAGCAUGCUCACACAAGCACGACACUCAUCCCGUGCUUCCGCUGGGCCUUCACGCCGCGGCUCGCUCUACUUCGAGAGCGGCAACGAUGACAGUGAUAGCAGUAUCCGCUCCUCAUCCGUUAUGUCUCGCCCCACGCGCAUCGAAUCACCCGUUUCUGAAUUCGGUGACCUUCGCCGAGCGGCCAGCUCCCGCCAGCGCAACCGUCGCAGCAUGGUCCUCCCAGGCCACCGCUCCAGCUCCCCGCAGCGACAGGAAUCGCCGUCGCGGCCUGGUGGAGGAAUUAGCUCGUCACCGCUGCGGAUUGCGAAACCUCGUUCGCUGGCAACGGGACAACAGGCGAUGCGAUCACCUGUCACGUCGCCGCUGCUGAGCUAUCAUGAGUUUGCCUCGCCGUCGCUGGCGCCGCAUCACCACAGGCGGCAGUCGUCGGCAACAGGAUCGGUGCCGCCGCCGUCGCCGCGUCUGAAUUCAGCGAGUGUACCGCAAGCGCGUGCUGUGCCGCCAUCGAUUAAAGAUUUUGAGAUUAUCAAGCCGAUUAGCAAGGGAGCGUUUGGGAGCGUGUAUUUGUCCAAGAAGAAGUCGACUGGAGAUUACUUCGCAAUCAAGGUGCUAAAGAAGGCAGACAUGGUUGCCAAGAACCAAGUUACGAAUGUCAAAGCCGAGCGCGCCAUCAUGAUGUGGCAGGGCGAGAGCGAUUUUGUGGCUAAGCUGUAUUGGACGUUCUCGAGCAAGGAUUACUUAUAUCUUGUGAUGGAGUAUCUCAAUGGUGGCGACUGUGCGUCGCUCAUCAAGGUCCUCGGUGGCCUGCCGGAGGAUUGGGCGAAGAAGUAUCUUGGAGAGGUCAUUCUGGGAGUUGAGCACCUGCACAGUCGCGGUAUCGUGCAUCGUGAUUUGAAGCCGGAUAAUCUGCUCAUAGACCAGAAGGGACAUCUGAAGUUGACUGAUUUCGGACUGUCGAGGAUGGGUCUGAUUGGUCGACAGAAGCGCGUUCUGAGUAGUGCUGGCAGCGAGCAGGCGCCUGAUUUAUUGAAGCAGGGACCGUUUGCGAGGGCGUCGUCGCUGGCGUCGUCGAGAUCGACGUCGUUUGAUUUUCAGACCCAUCAGUCACCUGGGUCCACACCGAUGAUGACGCCUGAUCUGGGGACUGCGAUGGGGCAACCUUCGUACUUCAGCCUGACGCGUGAGAACAGCAUGAGCCGCGACUCGCGACAGAGCCAGCGCAGCGAUAGCGGGGGAAGUGACACACUCAGCGCUAUGUUUAGCAGUUUUUCGCUCACCGAGCCUCAGCAAGUGAGUCCGCGCCCUAGAGAAGGUGAAGAAAAUGAGAGCGAGCGGGGAUCGCCUGAGAUGUUCAGCUUGCAGAAUGUGAAUAGCCACUCCAGCGUCGAUACGAAGAAUACCCCACCGCAAGCUAGCAUGAUGCCACCACCCAUGGCACUGUUCGAUCCAGAUGACAAUACACGCCGCUUCGUCGGGACGCCGGAUUACCUCGCGCCCGAGACUGUCAAGGGCGAGGGUCAAGAUGAGACGAGCGAUUGGUGGUCUGUGGGGUGUAUCCUGUUUGAGCUACUAUAUGGUUACCCGCCCUUCCACGGCGACACUCCCGAGCACGUCUUCGAGAACAUCCUCGCGCGCAAGAUCUCGUGGCCGAGUGAAGACGAGGCUGAAGUCUCCCAAGAGGCUAAGGACCUCAUGAACGCGAUGCUAUGCAUGUCGCCCGCCGAACGCCUCGGUGCUAAUACCGACGAAAAAUUCAGCUCCGGCGCGGAGGAAAUCAGGAACCACCCGUGGUUCGCGGAUAUUAACUGGGAUACCCUCCUCCAGGACGAAGCGCAGUUCGUGCCCGUGCCUGAGAAUCUAGAAGAUACAGAGUACUUCGACAGUCGUGGCGCGACGCUACAAUCCUUCGCUGAGGAGAUGGAAGAUCAAAUCUCCCCAGCUGCCGCGACAGCGCCACCGGAGUAUCCCCCCGAGCGGCCCCACGACGCUCUGUCGCGAGUCCGCACGCAAAUCAACUCCAUGAAGCGCGGUCUAAUGCCCCUCCACAUCCCACCCCACGUGCGAGACCUCAAGAGCCGCCGCCUCAGCGAGCCCGUCAUCGCCGACGACUUCGGGAACUUCGCAUUCAAGAACCUGCCCGUCCUAGAAAAAGCAAACAAAGACGUCAUCCAAAAACUGCGCGCCGAGGCCAUCGCAGCACAGAGCAAAGCAGCAGUCGUCAGCCUGGUAUCGACGAGUAAUAGCGCUAUGGUCUCCCCAGUUCCGCCGCUAGAGGGAAGCCCGGUGAUUCCGAUGCCGCUGCAGCGUACGAUGUCGAAUGCGAAGGCGGGGAAUCGACCAUCCUCGCCGUCGCCGAGUCAGGCGAAUUCGUCGCCGUCGAGACAGUCGCAGCCGUCGUCGCCGCUGCUGGUGUCGUUUGUGGCGGGGCAGCAGCAGAUUGGUGAUGGGAAUGGGAGGAGGAAGACCUCUAGUACGUCGUCUAGUUUGUCGCAGCAGCAGUCUCUGCAGCCGGGGGGGGGGUUCUUCGAUGUCCCACGAAUUUCGCCGACGUUGCAUAAAUCGGGAAUCGCGACAGUGUCAACCUCGCCGAUUAAGACGAGGGGGAUACCCGCCCCUCUGGCGCUCUCACCUGCCAAGGUAGCAGGAUCACACAGCACGCCCGGCCGCUCGCGCUCCCAAACCGUCGGGUCCCAAGAAAGCAGUCCCAUCACCGUCGGCGACCUCUUCUCGCACCACAAGCGGCGCAGCCAAGUCUUCGACAUGUCGCCCUCCAGCUCCGACAACGAAGGCGACAAAGCCAACGCCCUCCUGCGCGUGCAACGCCGCCGCCAAUCCUCCCGCCGCCUCUCCCAGAUCAACAUCUCCGACGGCCCCGUCUUCCGCCCGCUCGACGUGCUGAUCUGCGAGGACCACCCCGUGUCGCGGAUGGUGAUGGAGAAGCUCCUCGAGAAGCUACGGUGUCGCACCAUUACCGUGGCGGAUGGCGCGGAGGCGACGAGGGUGGCGAUGAGCGAUAUUAAGUUCGAUGUCAUUAUGAUGGAAUUCAAGCUCCCUGCUGUCAAUGGCGCGGAUGUGGCGAGGAUGAUUAGGAGUACUAAGACGGCGAACUCGACGACGCCGAUUGUGGCGAUUACGGGGUACCUCAAGGAGCUGCAGCAGCCGCAUUUCUUUGAUGCGUUGGUGGAGAAGCCGCCGACUACUUCGAAGUUGACGGAUGUGCUUUGUAGACUGUGUCACUGGAAAGCUCCUGCUCCUGGGCAAGCGGUGCCGCUGCAUUACCCCAUGCCGUCGGGGCUGAGACAGGAGAGCUUGAGGCUGGAUGAUAGUCCCAGCUCCGGCUCCUCCGCACGAUUGGCGGGGAGCUCAUUCCGUGGCUCCAGCCGCGGUGAUUCCAUCGGCUCCUCCCUCUUCGGGGACGAGUCUUCUGUCGCUACUGACGACGUGGCAGUCAUUAUUUCUAGAAAGGCGACGGGAGAAUGGGACGUCGAUAGUGGUCUUGGGAUCUCUGAAGACGGCUCACUCCCGCACUCUCACGAGAUCCCGAAAUUACUCCCUCACCUCUCGGCACCUGCUAGUCUCGAGACGACGCACGAGCCGCCGGGGACGCCAUGUCCUGUUCCGCAAUCGUCGUCCUUAGCUACGAUGCUCAAGCGCCCACUUUCUCCUGCAAGGUUACGCGCAAAACGCGACGCCAUCCGCGGCAGCGGUUCCGCCCAACACGCUGAAUCCGGGGACGACGAGGACGAGGAGCUUGGCGACACAUCAGUCAAAGAGCGAUCGCCCAAAGGCAAGACUGGCGCGGGACAUAGAGGCUCCAAAUUGGGAACGGAGAUGAUGCGGACUAAUAGCCGCGGAAGCGUCGUGAGCGGGUUUGAUGUCCCUUAUGCCAUGGAUGGGAGUGCGGGGAGGGGAGAGGAUGACCUCGCAGGGGGGAUGGAGAAAAUGGCACUUACCCCGCCCGCUGAGGAGGGGGGGGAUAUGGAUGAGACUCCUAAACCGAGGAGUUUGUUGGGGACGCCGGGGGAGGAGGGGACGCCGCGUCCUGGGAAGAGAGGGGGAGGAGGGUAUUUGAGUGCCGGGGAUGCUGAGAGGUGAGGGUAGUUGAUGAGGGAUGUGGGGUGGAAAUUGUGUUUGUUUUGUUUACUGCUUUUUUUUGUACCGAUGAUGGCGGGGUGGAUAGCGAGGCGUUUUUGUGUUAUCGGACUGGGAUGGGAUGGUAUGGCGUUUGGGGAUGGUGUCACUCUGUCGAUUGGAACGACUGACUGACUGAGGAGAGAGACGGGGAGAGGGAGAGCGGAGAUGCAUUACCGGCGUUUUCAAACUCUCCACACACACACUUGCGUUGGAUUUUCUCUUUUCGACAACGCGAAAAGACCUGUCUUCACUUUUUUUCUUGUGUUAUAAAAACCUCAAUUUGCUGGGUGGAAUCGAUAAUGGGUGCGAGGGGCGGUUCACUUCGGUGCACACUUACUUUUACUUCUUUUUCAACAGCCAACACGAUAACCAACAACAACAACAAUACAACAACGAUGAUAGCUACGGCUACGGAUAUGGAUGGAGGAUGGAUAAGCUGCGGCUACCAACCAUCCGACAAAUCAACUACCGCUACGGCGACGAAGACUACAAUAUUUCCUUUCCUUUUACAUUUUGAAUUUUUCUUUUUACCAACCAGGAGUGGAGGUGUCAGGAUACCGCUGCAGUAGACGGGUCCGAAAUUUGAACACAAACGAGAGCGAGCCCUUGCAAAAACGCGAAUUGGGCCCGGGGGUGGAGGGGGGAGAGAGAGAGAGAGAGAGAGAGAGAAAGGGGGGAGUACAAUACAGAUCCACUACAUGUGUGAAUUUUUACCCAUAGCAACUGGGGUUUUUUUUCUCUUUUUUUUACCAGCAACAGCAUGGCAAGGAGGGGGCUAGUUUGUGUAUCUCGCGGAGCGGAUGAGUCUAGCUAGAUCGCAGAUAUACAGACAGACAGAGAGACAGGCAAGCUGGUUGUUGGAGAUAGGGUAGAGUAGAGAAUUUGAAACUACUGAGUCCCAUGUUGUGUGCUUUUUGUGGGUGUGAUUGUGAAAUGUGACUGUGAGGGAGAAUGGGGG